CUAGCGAGAGUCUCGUCACGAAGAGAUGUAACAUUAAUAUUUAUCGCGUCCCAACGCAUCGUACAUUUCGUAAACUCGCUUAAAUGAAGCGAUAUCGGUCGAAACUGUGAUUAAUUGAAGAAUUAUGUACGAUUAAUCGUUGACGAAGUGAAGAGCACUGGGACGAGCCGGGAGCGAAUCAGUGGAUUCACGAGGAUUUAUUGGAUUAUUGGGAUAAAGUGAAAAUUUGUCCUUUUCUCGAAAAGCAUUAAUCACGGAUAAGUAAAACGUUUGCUAAUCGAAGUGCUGAGUACAUCGUAAUAAUAAUGCAGAUGAUUCUUGUACUCCCCUCUUAAUUCGGGAUUGCAUCUUCGACGAAAGAGUGUCGCGGAUGAAUUCAUUGCCAUUCCAUCGGAUUGCGGUGUAGAAAACGUAGUCCACGCGAGGUCCAAGCGUGGUCCCUCGGUGGUGCGGUCUGUCAAUCGAAUUCUAUCGGAUCGCUCCGAACAUCAAUUAAACGGAUAAUUAUCAUCUGGGAUCACAAUGUGGCUGAAAUCGCUGACGUUUUUUGCCGUCUUCGUUUCGCUCGUUUCGCCGAAAACGGUGAUGGUCGACCUGUCGUUUCGCAAAUUAAAGAAGGAAGAUUUUUUCGUGAAACUGCAGUCACAGAUUAAGCUUCAGGACGUGACGGAUCUCAAUUUGAGGGGAAACGAGUUCGAUAGUUUUUUAGACUGUUCCACCAAUUUGGAAACAUUGAGAACGCUGGAUUUGUCCCAGAAUCAUUUGCAACGAUUCUUCUUCCUCUGUAAGGAGGAAUAUAAUCUGCAAAUGUUGAACGUGAGCUACAAUAAACUAGAAUAUAUCGAUGACAAUGCGCUCAACGACCGAGUACUAAAGCUGAAGAUAUUAGAUCUCUCCUACAAUAAACUUUCCAUCGUCAAUGAAACCAUGUUGUAUCACUUAACGAUUCUGGAAUAUCUUUCUUUGGCCAGUAAUCCUAUAGGAGACGGUAUACACGAAGGCGCAUUUUUGAAUCUGCAAGCACUGAAGCAUCUCGAUUUGAGGAACAUAUCUGCGCCGUAUUUCUCGCCCAAAUUGUUCAAAACUCUGACCAACUUAUCAUUUCUGGAUUUAUCAUGGAAUCCGAUCAACGCGAUACCUCUACUGCCAGUAAAUCUACGAGAAUUGGAUUUAUCCGGCACGCAAGUGACGAGUCUCAAGAAUUUGUAUCUACCGCAGCUACAAGAACUGUGGCUGAACGAUAUGUCGAAUUUAACGUCGUUUGAUCUGAGCGAUCUUGAAAACUUGACCAAUCUGGAAACGUUAUCGAUGAUCGGUUGCAGACGGUUGAUUCAACUAAGCCCCGGGCUGCAGAUUGGCCACGUGCUGCCACGAUUGCAGCGCCUUUCGAUAAAGAAUUGCAACAUUGAGACGUUGGAUCAGAAAUUGCAGGAACUGCUGAAUCGGGUGUCCGUAAUCGAGCUCGAGAACAAUCCUUGGAAAUGCGAUUGCAAAUUAAACUGGAUCGAUAGUUCGGUGAACUUGACCAAGAAUUUUAGUAAAAAUAUCAGAUGUUACACACCGGAUCGACACCACGGCAAGCUCCUUACUGAAGUACCAAAUUACGAGCUGCAGUGCGAGUACGACUCAUCGGUUCUUUAUUCGAUCCUGUGGGUGUGUUUAUCGAUACUGCUUCUUUCUCUGAUCAUCGCUACAAUUUUAUUCCUGUUCAGACAUCCGACGAGCAGUUGGAGUUUCAAGGGAAGGAACCAGGACAGUGUCAGUUACAAAAACGUCGUGGAGUCGAACACCGAUCUGGUUCGAAUAUUGACGGUAUCUGAGACGCAUGAUCGCAACGAGGAAUAAAGCCAAAUCAGAAAGAGAACAAACUCUCACUAGUAUACAAAAAGUUAUUACGCUCAUAAUAGACAAAUUUCAUCGAAUCUAUUCAAGAAACUCUUAAUGUAAAAGUUACUUGAAGUAACAUAAUGUAACGCGUAGUCGGUAACUAGAUAUAGAAAAUUAUUCAUUCCCAUAAAAAAAAAGUCGCUUUACUUUUUUCACACAUUUAUAUGUCGAUUUAAAAUAAAUAAAUAAAAACAAACUG